CAGAUCCGCCUCCCUCCAAAAGCUCCUCAACCCCCUGCAUCCGGGCACCACCACCGGAUUUUCCUCUUCCAACCCGUUCCCGGCGCCCUGACUCCCACCGUCCGGCGCGCACUCGACCCAGCCACGCGUACUGCGCAACAUCUCGCCCCUCCCGGAGUUCCGCCGGAAACAAAACUCCACUCCAAACUCGCCCCCCUAAGCCUUUGCAUAUCCUUAUCGUAUCCGGACUCGUCUCCGAUCUCAAUCAGGCAGACGGAGACGCGUUUGAGGCUUCCAUGCAUCCGUUCGACGCGCAAUUGCUCCUAAGAUUUGGCGUGCCGGUGCUUCACAUUUCUUGUCAAUUUUUAUCAUUUGGCGGGAGACCUUUAUUUUUUGGGAACAUGUUGCAAUUAGUAGCUAGGUUUUCGACGUUUGUGAAAAGGUGGUUAUCUGAUUUGUUUUGAGGAAUCGAAUCAUUUGAAAUGAGCAGAUCUCCGUCGUUUUCAGUCAAUUCAGUGAAGUCAGAGCCAAAUCUGAAAGUAGACGAAAAAGCACUGCAACAAUGGGUUAUCUCCUUUUGCAUCAUUAGGUUCGAUCUUGAACAAGGACAACUCAUUGAAGAGUGCUACCCACCAGGUUCUUUGACCCAGAGUGAGGAGCUUGAUGUUUCUUUUAGUUCCUUUCCAGAUUCUGUUUCUCAAAGUCAUAAUCGCUCAAGCAUCCACGAUUCUAUCUUUUUCUUCCGCUUCCGUAGGCAGCAGAAGUCUCAGUUAUCGUCUGAGAUUGUUGGAGCUGACAGAGCUCUAGCAUUCAAGAAGCCGCUUGGUGGCGAGUUCUCUAAAACUAGUGCGAGAAGUAACAAUGUCAUUGAACCAAGAUAUUUGUAUGGUUUUGUAUUUAACAGACAGAGGCAUGAUGAGAGGCUGAAGCGUGGGGGUGAGCAAAAAUCGGUGGUAAUUCUUUCACACAGUCCAUUUUUGGGUGUGUUUAGACCUUUGUUACAAAUAGUGGGGCCCCUUUAUUUCGAUAUUGGAGAGAAAGCCCUCCAUUAUGUUGCUUCAUAUGUGUCGACGUGGCCUGCUCCUGUACCUGGUGAGUUGAUGGAACUCCCCAUCGGGAAUGCUACCCUAAAGGUGCACUUGCCGCCUGCCCAUUGUUUACCGUUAGAUUGUGGAGUAUUCCUUGAAGAGUUGGCCUCUUCAGUUGCUCCUUUUCUGCAGCCUUCCAACCAUUCAGUUCCAAAUGGCCUUUUUCAUGAUUCGGAUCUGUUUGGAAUAUUUAGAGGGCUCUUGAUGCAGAUGUGGAAAUUGUGGGAAUUGCUACUUAUUGGAGAGCCUCUUCUUAUCAUUGCUCCCACCCCUCCUCAGUGUUGUGAAGCAGUUGCUGGUCUAGUUAGUUUGGUUGCGCCACUUCUCUGUAGUAUUGAUUUUCGGCCUUAUUUUACCAUCCAUGAUGCAGAGUUUGCUCAUUUAAACUCACUUCCCGAGGGCGCUACUUUUCCUCCAAUGGUUUUGGGUGUCACCAACCUUUUUUUCUUAAAAGCCCUUCGCAAUAUCCCUCACAUUGUCUCAGUUGGAAGCCCUACACCCAACUCAAACCGAGUUUCACUUGGCAAUAGAUCAUCUCCAGGGCUUAACUUGAGGAAGUUUACACCAUUGAAUUUUUUGAAUGCCGUGAAGAUGAGGAGGGACGGUCCCCUCUGUCUCAUGACUGAGCACAAAGAAGCCAUUUGGACCACAUACAAUGCCAUCACAAAACCAGACACUUCAAUCUUGAACAGGUUGAUUGAUGCAGGAAUGUCCCCGCGGGUAGAGGAAUCAAUGUCAGUUGUUAACAAUGAGAUAUUGCGCCGCCAUUUCUUGGAGCUCACCACCAACUUUUUGGCUCCAUUUGCUCCGUAUUUCACAGUGACCACUCCUUCUGAAGGAUCAUCUCCAUUUAUUGAUCCUCCUCCCCUUCCCUCGUUCAAUGUUGAAGAAUUUCUUUCAGUCUUAUCAGCGAGAGGUCCUGGAAAAUUUCUACUGAAGAGGAUGACUUCAAACUGGCUUGACCUAUACAGGAGGUUUAUGAAGGGGCAUAACUUUAUUCCCUGGUUUCAAAGGAAGCGUGCUGUUGCUGAACACGAACAGUAUAGGUUAUGGAGGCAAGCAAGAGUGAAGGUUGACAUAAAACAAAUAAUAUCUCCAAUGUCUGAGUUGGAGAUUGUUGAUACUUACAAUGCAAUUGAAAGAAAUUUUAUCAGGGAGAUGCAGCAUUCCAGGAGCACUGAUGCAGAGUCUGGUGCCACUUGUCAGAAGUUAAAGAAGGAUCUCCAAGCAGUAUUCAGUGUUCUCUCCCAUGACAUUCAGCAUCUCAUGUUAAUGAACCCUGAAAGGGCAGCUCUUUUGCAAGAAAAUCAUGAAGGCUCAUAGCACUUCCAUUCAUGUUGCAUCAACAUGAUUGAGACACAUUGGGCCUUUUCAAAUCUGGUCCUCAAAGCUAGAAUAUCUGUCAUCCACUGCUGCUGCUGAAAGAUAUGUAUGGAGCAUUUCAUCAGUCUCUUCAUAACUGUCAUUAAUCUAAAGAACCAAUUUAUGGAUGGUUCUCCAUCAAGAUUAUUUUUUCUUCAAGUAAAGCUUCACUGCAAAAAAGUGGAUAACAUGCUUUUGCAGGGUUGAGAUUAAGAUUUAAGAUGUAACAUAUGAUGAAGGCUUUACUACCCAAAGGAGAGAAGCCAAGAAGAUAUGUCAUUCAUGUGUACAUUCAUAUUGUUGUAUAAUUUCAUCAUACUUGAGUCAAAGGGGUUGCUGUACUUCAUUAAGUUAUCUUCUUGUGGACACAUAAAGGGAGUAUGAUCUUUCUUAUUACUCCCUCUGCCCCUUCUUUAUCUUUCCACUUUUUGUUUGUGGAUGUUUCUUACUAAGGUUCCCAAUUCCUUUUAAGUAAACAAUUGUUUGGUUU